CCGUUGGUUUAAGAAACAAUCCGGUUUUCUUCAUCAAAACAAAAACCUUGAAUUGAAUUUUUUGAACCCACGUUUUAGAUCUCUGAUUUCAUAUUUCAACACAAUAUUCUGCAUCGAAUCUUUCUUUGAGCUAUGGAUCUCUUCAUGAAACAUUACCCUUAUGGUUCGCAUAAGGAUGUCAUGGAGCUUCUAAAUCGUCACCCCAAUACUACAGAACGAGAUAUGGAGAAGCUUUUCAUCGAUUGCGGCCCAGGUUUGGCGAGGUCACUCCGCAUCCCUAACCCUAACAUCCUCGGAUUCGUGGAAACAGCUAUUAGUGAUAUCAGUAUCUCACGAGAAACCGAAAAACAAAAAGGCAGAGAACACGUUAUAGCUGGGCCUUUACUUCAUGUGCAUUCACUACAUGUACAACCCAAGGAAGCUCUAAAAGGUACACCGCUUCUUGUAUGUGGUAUAAUUCGGGUUAAGUAUCAAAAUUUCAUUACUGGAAAAGAGGUGCAUCUUGAUGUUUACAGACAAAGUGCCGAAGAGGCUGAUUACAUAAGCCCAAGUGGUGGUAAUUUGGUUCUCUUUAGGCCUGAUAUUUUCCCUGAUUGGAUUACUGGCUCUCAAGAUUUCUGGAUGGAAUUGCAAGGAACAAGUAUAGAAGUUGAUCUCUAUCUCAAAAUUGGGGAAUCGACCCAUUCGUUUGCUCGAGAAAAGUUUUUGGUGGGGAGUACAACUCAAGGCGAUGUUGAAGAAUUAAGAUCAAAAGAAUUCCAGCAUGCACUUUGCUCUGCUACCUUGAGUUAUAUUAAAAUGCCAUUUGCUGCCCUUUGCAAAGUGGAUGGUCGAUUCUCUAGCAAAAACAAGGACCUAGUUGUUAAUAUUUCUGGAAAAAUUGUUAUGCGGUAUAAGAACAUCUGUGGAAACUAUGAUUCAGAACCGUGUGUUCUUUUUGAGAAGCAGAAUGGCUUUGUAUCAGUUAAAAUGGAGGAACUCCUGUCAAGAAAAUUGUUGGGGGUGCCUGCAUAUUCAUCACUUGAAGUUGAGCUUGACUUGAUGGACGUCAACACAAGCAAGCCUAUUAAAGAAAAAAUAACUAUGUUGAAUGAGGAUGGUCCACAUGCAGGUGAUUGUGUAGUGGAUGUGGAUGGUGAUUUUGCGAUUAUUCUGUAUGUAGCAUUGAUUCCGCAUGUACAGAGGCUAAGUGUGCACAAAAACGAGCUUGACUUGAUGGACGUCAACACAAGCAAGCCUAUUAAAGAAAAAAUAACUAUGUUGAAUGAGGAUGGUCCACAUGCAGGUGAUUGUGUAGUGGAUGUGGAUGGUGAUUUUGCGAUUAUUCUGUAUGUAGCAUUGAUUCCGCAUGUACAGAGGCUAAGUGUGCACAAAAACGAGUCUGAUGAUGGAUGGUCAUUAUCCAACAAUGCCAACCCUAGGUAUUAUCUAGACCCAGAAAGUAUGCUGAGACCAUCAAGUUUCACAGAAUUCUACUCAAUCUUUAUCGGCCGUAAAAAAAUGGGAUCGGCAUUGAAAAUUUUUGGCACUGUUGAGUUGUCUUCUGGUGAGAAGACUCACUACCUGUUCAAGAGGGCAGGUGAUGAUGGUGUGGAAAUAGAAGAUUCACAGAAAGUGUUACCAUUGGGAGAUGUGCAUAUGAGUCUUGAUGAUUAUAGCAUGCUUGAAUUGAAGGUCGAUCUGAAAGAUGUUGGUGGUAAAUUUCAGAGUAGAGGCUUUGCUAGCCAUGACCGUGUAUUUGACACCCAAAUAUGUUCUGUUUUUCCGGGAGAAAGGGGUUUUUGUGCAUUGCAUUACUCCAUUUUCUCAAGAGCUUUUCAAGCAAAGAUCGAGAUCUUUGUCAAGAAUAAAGGUGAUCAUUUUGGGCCUGACAUAGUCUAUGGAAGUGCAAUUGCGCAUUAUAGCAACUUUGAAUACCCAACUGAGUUCGAGAGAAACUAUUUUCGGAGUGUGCUUUUCAAAAGGACUGAGAAGGAUUCAGUACGAUUAAAGGAUGAUGGGAGAGUACCACUUUCUCGAUGUGUAGUUGCAGUGCCGAUGGGUUCGUCCCUCAUUAUUCAUGUAGAUUUGUUUGGCACACAUUAUCAUCUCUCGUGCGACGAAGUGUUCAAGAUUGGAAGUGGCUCAUUUAACAAACUGGAAGAUGAUCAUGAUCUUGACAUCAAGUUGACUUGGAGUGAUGGUAAGUAGUUGUUUUUUUUUGUUAUACCUCACUUUUGAGAUUCUAUUAUUUCAGUGUUUUUUGGUUUAUAAGAAUAUCAGAAUAUGUCCAAAACCAAAGCAGCCAGAUAUUCAUCUACUAAAUUAACUUUCGAUUGAAAAAAAAGUUCAUAUUUAUUACUCCCUCCAUCCCACUAUAUUUGUCCACUUUCAUUUUUGCACACCAUCCAAUGCACUUUUUUAAUUCAUUUUAUCUUGUAAUUUGUAUAUUAAAAAAUUAUAGAAAUUAUAUAUUAAUAAUCUAUAUGUUAAGACAAAUCAAACAAGAUCACACAU